CUUCCCGUGUUGUGCAGCGUGAAGAUGAUUAUGAAGGCGAACAAGCGUAAACUCCAGCCAGAGGCUGCAGAGGACGUUCCAGAAGGGAGCAGCUUGGCGUGGGAGAAACAGCGGCAGUUUGUGUUCAGCGUCUCCAUGCACAAGUACCAGCGGGACCAGGAGAUGGCGGAACCCAGCCUGAGGAGGUCAGUCUUAAUCAGCAACACGCUGCGGCAGGUGGAAGCAUGCCAGGUGCCCUCCGUGAGCCCGGCCGUGUCGCCACCUCCGGCUCACGAGCCAAAGGAGCAGUCUGACGUCGCCGCCACGCGGAACGACCUCCUCGCGCCUCCCAAGUGUCCGCGGAUGACGUCCGGCGGCGGCGAAAGUGAGUCGAGUGCGUCGGCGGACGAGGACGACUGGACCUCGUUGGUCGUGGAGCCGGAUUUUUCCAUUUCGCCCGCCGUGUCGACGAUCCUCACCGGCCUGGACUCGGCCCUCGAGGUGAGCGCGCAGGCAUGUCCGCGGGCGGCCCUCAGGUCCUUGGAAAACCUCCCGGCCUCGCCGGACGCAGGGGUCCUCUGGCUGAAGCAAGCCAGAGGGCACGGCAGGUGCUGGGAGGAGCAGCAGGAGUUGAUGCAGUGGGAGGCCGGCGUGGAGGCGGGCGGCUCCAGCUACCUCAAGGAUGUGACGGCGGAGGACAUGUUCCAGGACAUAGACACGUCCCAGCUGGAGCACGACAUGGGAAUACUCGGCCUGAGGGCGAGCGGAGCCGCCUGCCUUCCUGCGGAGGAUCUUCAGUGCCUGACUCCUCCGUCCCUCCCUCUCAACCACAGCAUGAAGGGCCUGCCGUCCUUCUCCUCCUUCAGCUCCGCUCACUCCAGGGAAGGACUGGAGCUGGAGCAUCUCAUGACCAUGCUGGUGGAGUACUGAGAACUUAUGUACGCCAACACAAGCUUUUGUGUGGGAAGAAAACGGCGUCGGUUUUAAAAAAAUGUAAACGCUGCCAAGCAGCGAGUUGAUGCACAGCGUUGGUCUUAAGUUACAGAGAUCGCCAUCAUGGCGGCGAGAAGACGUCGAAACACUAAUGUUCUUCCGUGAAGAGAAGUUUAAUUUAUCAGUCGUAGCAGCGUCACUCAAGGUGUCAGACAUGACACGCACUCGCUUAUUUUAAAUGUUGCUGAGAAGAAACCACAUCUGUGAUAAAAAUACUUUUAUCAAGUUACAGAAACCACUUCCUGUCGGGACUUUUGGAAGCGGGUUCACAUGGUUUUAGUGACUCCUUGUUAGAACCAGCACACUUUUGUUCUAAAAUGCAUCACGGAGUGAACUUCGUGUCCUGUUUGUCAAUUUGACACAGUGUUUACAUGUUCCAGAACCUUCUUCUUGUCGAAGCCUCAUAUUUAUAUCAUGUAUGUCCAUUUAGUCACUGUGGCAGUUAUUCUGGUUUUAAAAUGGGAGAACGAAACGUCCACGUUGUAUUUACUCUUCUCUUUUAAAGGAGAUUUUUGUCAAGUUUUUCCACUUAUACUAAUAUUUUUAUUAAAAUGACAAAAUUAAAGUCAAUUUGAAGUUG